AUGGCUACAUGUGUUGGCGGCAAUCUGAAUGUCAACCCAACACAGCUGGACUCCAUGUCUCAGUCAGGGUUGGAUGUCAUCACAAAACCAUAUGCAGAAAAACAAACAUUAUUCGAACACGCUGGACCCGAGCCGUUGGACGUCAAACCCGUUGGACGUCAAACCCAUUGGACGUCCAACUCCUUGGAUGAGCGCCUUAACCCGUUGGGAGUCGAACACGCUCGACCCAUACCGACUGGACGUCAAACCCCGUCCCAUCAGUCCCAUUAA